GUGUUGUGGUUGGGUUUGGCAUUGGCAUCGGUGAAUUUUCAGCUGUCAAGUUCGACCCAGACUUGUGAAAUUGAGGACCUUGAAGGACUCGAGGAUUGUUUGUUGGUGUCCCAGUGAGUGUGGGAAAUCAAUCGAGCCAUGUCUUUGACCAGUUUGGACGUGAUGAAGGACGAGGUGAAGGGCAUGCUGCAGGGGAUUGAGCGGUACAAUCCCAAUAAUACCCAGCCGCUGGAGCAGUACGUGGAGAUGCAGGUCCGGGAGCAAGCCUAUGAUUUGGAGGCUAAUCUGGCCUUACUCAAGCUCUACCAAUUCAACCCGUCGUAUUUCUCGCUGCCCGUGGCCACCCAGAUCUUGCUGAAGGCCUUGGCCAAUUUGCCGCAUUCCGAUUUUGUGCUCUGUAAAUGUCUUCUGUCCCACGACAAUCUGGAGCAAGAGCCCAUUCAGAAACUGCAGCUCUUGGCCAACUUGUUGGAAGGUUGUCAGUUUGCCCAAUUCUGGCAGCGGGCGCACGCCAUGAAUGACUUGGUGCGCACCGUGCCCGGCUUUGAGGAUGCCAUCCGCAAGUUCGUGUGUCACGUCAUCAGUAUCACCUACCAACGCAUUCCCGACGAUACCUUGUGCGAACUGCUGGGUUUGGUGGACGAGAACUUGGUCAAUCAAUGGAUCGCGCGCAACGGCUGGAAAUCCGACGAGUCCGGAUUUGUGGUCAUCUCCAACCAAGACGAGCAGAUCAAGACCAAGAAGAUCACGGAGAAAAUUGACAUUGAAAGUGUGGCUGGAAUCAUGGCCUCUAGUUUCUGAGUUGACUGGGCCUACUCUACCAGGUUAAGUGUGAAUGAGACAAUAAAUGCAUCAUCGUAGGCAUAAAA